GUGUUCCUCCGCCGCCGUUUUUUUCCUCCGCUUCUAAACGGAGCGUCUCCUGGCUCGGGACUCUUGCAUGGCACUGUGGCGUGGAAGCGCUCCGGGGGAGAGCUUCUGCCCGCGAUUGCAUGCCGUGCCGGGGAUCCCCUUGCUCCGGGGAGGGCCUCGCCGCCCCCUCCGGCCCGAGAAGGGCUCAGGAGGCGCCCCCUAGCCUACAGGUGACCCACCCUGCCUCUCUGGUGUCGGGGCGCGAUGCUCUGACUGCCGAUGGGCGCCCGGCUUGUCUCGGCAGCGCUCGCCUCCUCUGCCCCGCGACGCAGCGGUCCUGAUCCCGGCAGGAGCGGACACUAACCGCCUCCUCCCCCUUCUCCGCUUCGCCUCCGCAGCCAGCCUUCGCCCCAUGGACGUAGCGACGGGCCCCGAGUCGCUGGAAAGCUGUUUCAACCGGGGCUCCACUGACUGCUCCAAGAUGCUGGACGGAAUUAAAAUGGAGGAUCACCCGCUGCGAUCGGGUCCCGCAACUUUAGGAGUCUUGCUAGGGUCAGACUGUCAGCACCAGGCGGUCUGCGAAGGGUGCCAGCGGCCCAUCUCGGACCGCUUCCUGAUGCGCGUCAACGAAUCCUCUUGGCACGAAGAGUGUCUCCAGUGCGCCGUGUGUCAACAAGCGCUGACCACCAGCUGCUACUUUCGGGACCGCAAGCUUUAUUGCAAGCAAGACUACCAACAGUUGUUUGCUGCAAAAUGCAGUGGGUGCAUGGAGAAGAUUGCCCCAACAGAGUUUGUGAUGAGGGCACUGGAGUGUGUCUACCACUUGAGCUGCUUCUGCUGCUGUGUCUGCGAGCGGCAGCUGAGGAAGGGAGAUGAAUUUGUGCUGAAGGAGGGGCAGCUGCUCUGCAAGAGUGACUAUGAAAAGGAGAAAGAUUUGCUCAGCUCUGUCAGCCCUGAUGACUCAGAUUCAGUUAAAAGUGAUGAUGAGGAUGGGGAUGUGAAACCGACCAAAGGACAAGCAAACCCAGGGAAGGGUGGAGACGACGGGAAGGACCCAAGGAGACCAAAGCGGCCGCGGACGAUACUCACAACACAGCAGAGGAGAGCUUUCAAAGCUUCAUUUGAAGUAUCUUCCAAGCCUUGUAGGAAGGUUAGGGAGACACUAGCAGCUGAAACAGGCCUCAGUGUCAGAGUUGUCCAGGUGUGGUUUCAGAAUCAAAGAGCAAAGAUGAAGAAAUUGGCCCGAAGGCAUCAACAGCAGCAGGAGCAGCAGAAUUCACAGCGACUAGGUCAAGAAGUGAUGUCCAACCGAAUGGAGGGGAUGAUGACCUCUUAUACGCCGCUAGCACCGCCACAGCAGCAGAUUGUAGCGAUGGAUCAGAGCAGCUAUGCCACUGACCCCUUCCAGCAAGGUCUCACACCGCCACAAAUGCCAGGUGACCACAUGAACCCCUAUGGGAAUGACUCGAUUUUCCACGACAUCGACAGUGAUACCUCUCUAACUAGCUUGAGCGACUGUUUUCUGGCCUCCUCAGAAGUAAACUCCAUGCAGGCCAGGGUUGGAAACCCCAUUGACAGGCUGUACUCUAUGCAGAGUUCUUAUUUUGCCUCAUGAAAUUCAAGGGAAAGCAAGGGGGAACCCUGAAAAGAAUGCCCAUCUUCACAGAUGACUCCCCAAACCCUCACGUGCCCCCUGAUUUCUCAGCUCAGACUCUUACAGCCAUAUUUUCCUCAGCUCUACCUUCAUGCUGACUUCAGGCUCUGUGACAACAGGAGUGUUAAAUUAAGAGAGACUUUCAUUUUUUUAAAAAAAAAUGAAAUUUCAAGGCUGCUGCCAGAUCAUCCACAGAAAAAAUAAAUAAAUAUCAUGGCACUAGCAUUGAGCUCAGGAGGAACGUGGCAACGCCCAACCACAUGGCAUCAACAGUCCUCCAUUUUGAUUCCGCCAUCGCAAAGGAAAGCAAGAUGAACACCAUGAAACCUAUUAACCUUUUGGAGCCUCUCUCAGAUGCCUGGAGCCACCAACAUCACCGCCAUUUUGAGGGGGGGUAUUGACCCAUGCAGCAAAAAAGGUCGGAGAAACAUGUUAGUUGUGGACCAACAGCCAACCGGACUGUGAGACCUUUUCCUGUAACAGUGGCCCCCAAGCAAAUAGUUCCUCUUUCCUGCGUUCCAUGCCCCCCCUUUCCUUCCCCGCCCCAUAAAAGCCCAUAGACUGGUACAUUAGUUUAUAGCCUUUGUACUGUAUGAAACUGGGCGAGAGAAGGGGCAGGGGGGAGAUGAGUAGCUGGUGAAAAGUAAGACUGUGGAGAGAGACAAAGAGCGAAGGCUCAUGUCAUAAUGAUAGUAUUUUAAAUAAAUGACGAAGUAGAUGCAUGA